UGCACUGAUGCAGAAAAGUGCUGCAACCUACAUGGUGCGGCUUCUUGGUGCGAGCCGGUUUCAAGGUAAAGGGUACUCGCAUCGCAUCAUCGGUCGGUGCAGAAUGCGAUUCCACAAAACUAAUUUACCAUAGAACGCGCACCAGCUGUAACGAUGAUACGUCCUUUCGGUAAAGUGUUCCCCACGUCCAAUAUGGCGUCCGGCUCAUCCAAGGGGAGCCUGUACCAGUUCCAGAGGCUUCCAUAUAAUCCCGCCACUCCCAGACGACGGAUAUCCCCGCUGGAGCGGAUUUGGGUAACGUUGAAACGGGUGUUUUACUUUGUCCAGUUCCUGUUCAAGAGCAUCCCGAUCUGGAUCCAGCUGUUUUGGGAAUGGUUGAAUCCACCUCCUCCGAAGAACAUUGCGGGUUGGAACGCGCUGGUGACGGGGGGGUCGAACGGAAUUGGGCACGCCACUUGUUUGGAACUGGCCAAGUUCGGGUGUAACGUGAUCAUAGCCGACGUCGAUGUGGACAAUGGUGAAAAGCUGGUUCAGGAACUGCGCAAGUAUCGCGUCAAGGCAGUCUUCUACAAGGUUGACGUGGCGGAGUACGAUGCGAUCGUGGAGCUUGAGCGGAAGAUUGAACGAGACAUUGGGCAUGUGGACAUCCUGGUCAACAAUGCUGGUCUGAUUCCGUUCCUGGUGCCAGACGAAUACAGCCCGGAGAACAUCCGAAGAAUGGUGAACGUGAACCUGAUGAGCCACUUCUGGACCAUAAAUGUGUUCCUACCGGGGAUGUACCGCCGUCGUCGGGGGCACAUUGUGGGUCUUUCCUCGCGGACUGCCUACAUACCGACGGGGUACAUGCGAAACUACCUGACCACCAAGUAUGGCAUCCGCGGAUUCAUGGAGGACCUUCACGACGAGAUCUGGCGAGCCGGAUUCGAGGGGCAGGUCGUUACGACUACCGUAUUUCCUUCGAUCUUCAACACUCGGAAGGAGUCUAUGGAUCAUUUUCUGACGCUGCCAGGAUACGCCCAGAUGGAGUUUCCACAGCCGGAAGUCGUAGGCAGAACUAUCGUUCGUGGAAUACGAACCAACCAGCGAAAGCUUUUUGUGCCGGACUUUUUUAAACCUUGGCAACUGGCCUUGUUUGAAGAUUUACCGAGAGAGAUUACCCGGCUCCUUUAUCGGGAGUUGUUUAAGGGAUAAAUCGAAUCACAUCAACGAACUGAUUUAUGAGCAACGUUCUGUGUUAUCUUGCAGCUGCUUGCAGUGGUCAAGCCGACAUGAGAAUGUUGUAGGAAUAUUUUUCAAAUCAAUUUGAGAAAUUUGAUUCAAAAAUCAUGGGAAGACAGGCAUUAUUGGAGCAAUAAAAUAACAGUGUUAUAAUGUUUCUGGAAGA